CCCACCGUCCCCACCGCCGCCAUCUUUGUUGAGGGCAGUCGACAGCCGUGGGAGGGAAGAGGCGGCGGCGGCAGGAGAUGCCCAAGUCGUGCGCGGCCCGGCAGUGCUGCAACCGCUACAGCAGCCGCAAGAAGCAGCUCACCUUCCACCGGUUCCCCUUCAGCCGCCCCGAGCUGCUGAAGGAAUGGGUGCUCAACAUCGGCCGAGGCAACUUCAAACCCAAGCAGCACACGGUCAUCUGCUCGGAGCAUUUCAAGCCGGACUGCUUCAGCGCCUUCGGCAACCGCAAGAACCUGAAGCAGAACGCGGUGCCCACGGUGUUUGCUUUCCAGGAGACAGCACAGCUGGUUAGGGAGAACACAGACCCUGCUGGCGAGAGGAGCGAUGCACAGGGGCAGCUGGGGAAGGACUUCUCAGCUGCAGGGGCUGGGGAAUAUACCCCAGAAAGGAAGAUGGAAAAUCCACUUGACAAGCACCAGCUCUCUUCAGAUGCUGAGGCUUCUGAAAACGAGGCCUCCUCCUACAGGACAGAAGAAAUCGCCUCCCGCCUCCUGCCCACCAGCUCCCCAGGGCAGAGAGGGCCACUUCCCCUCCCGGCCUCAGAUCACAGCUAUGCCCUCCUGGACUUAGAUGCUUUAAAAAAAAAACUCGUGCUGACACUGAAGGAAAAUGAGCGGCUCCGCAGGAGGCUAAAGAUGCAGAGGAUGGCAAUGAGAAGGAUGUCCAGCCGCCUUCAGGCUCUCCAAGAGGGGAAGAGGCGCCAGAAAGCCCUGCAGAGGGAAGAGGAGAGACCAGUGGCCUGAGCCAGUGGAGCUCCCUCCUCAGUAAGGUGGACAGCGGCCUGUCGAGGCUUUUUCCAGGGCCCUGCUCCUGCCAGCACCUUGGAAAGACUAGCACCCAGCACAAGGCGGAGGAAAGGAGUGUUGGGGCAGUAAAGUAGGAGGGAAAAACCCUCACUCGCUGCCAUGUUGGGUCGGAAAGGGAAGGAGGCCAAACAUAGAUCAGGUUUGAUUCCAUUGCAGUGUUUGUUUUCUUGCUAAUCCUUCCUGCCUUUUCAACACAAAGAGGCAGAUGAGGGUAUGGUGUGAGCUAGGCUGCAAGGAUGCUUUAAUUCAAGGGGAUUCACUCGAUGUGAUGGUGGAAGAGGAAACCAGCUGGGUCUCUUUUGGAAAGUAUGGAAGGAUGCAGAGAACAGGGUUUUCUCAGGUGGUACCUGAGGCCGUUCUGCUGACGGAGAGUCCCCAUCCUCUAUGAAGUCACUCCUGCCCAAGCAGGCACAUCUGGGGUUUAGCCGGGUCCUAUUGUAGAGUGCUGUAGAUUGGACUCGUCUUCCCAGGGCAGGCUUCCUGACCCUCCCCAGUCUGAUUGGUUGUGCCUAUGCCUCCUACGUGCACGCUGCAGGCUUCUAUCCUUUGCUAAAUAGGAAUCGCUAGUUUGAGUUUCCCUCCUUGCUCCAUCCAGGCUCUAUUGUGGACAUGGAAAAAGUCUCAGAGAAUCAGUUUCACUUCAUACCUUGUAAGCAGUGGACAGGGCAGAUACCUUUGACAAAAAUAUCUUGUUUAUUAAAAAAACAAAACAAAACCAAAAAACAACCCAGCACAGUUGAUUGCUCCCUGGGACUUGAUGUUCUUUAGAACAGCGUGAUUUGCAACACCAUGACACCCUCUUCCUUGUGUCCCAG